GGUGUGUCGUGCAUGCCGAGGGGACACGCCCCUCUCACCCAUCUCGGCAUCUGUGGCUGAAGCGUUACAAGCAGCGGUAGUAAUUUGACAUGCAUUGGAGACAACGUUCCGUGUCACCGUGUUAGAAGAAGCUGCCACUGCCGCGCGUCCGACCAAGAGGGAAUACUGCAACCGUACGGGACUCGUUUCAUCCAACCGUUUAUAACGACCUCAGCCCCGAUUGAAAGAGGAAGAGUAAAAAAAGACAACGCAAAGAUGACGGUGGACUUUGAAGAAUGUAUUAAAGACUCUCCACGAUUCAGGGCGGGCAUCAAUGAGGUGGAGACGGAUGUGGUGGAGAUCGAAGCUAAACUAGAUAAGCUGGUGAAGUUAUGUAGUGGUAUGAUCGAGGCGGGCAGGGCGUACGUAAGUGCCAACAAGCUGUUUGUCAACGGCAUCAAAGACCUGUCUCAGCAGUGCAGGAAGGAGGAAAUGAUCUCUGAGUGUCUGGAGAAGUGUGGGGAGAGCCUGCAGGAGAUCGUCAACUACCACAUGAUGCUAUUUGACCAGGCCCAGAGGUCUAUCAAACAGCAGCUCCACACCUUCAUCAAAGAGGACGUGCGUAAGUUCAAGGAGACUAAGAAGCAGUUUGACCGUGUGAGGGAGGACAUGGAGAUAGCCCAGGUGAAGAACGCCCAGGCCCCCAGGAACAAACCUCACGAGGUGGAGGAGGCUACCUCCUCUCUCACGCUGACCCGGAAGUGCUUCAGGCACCUGGCCUUGGACUACGUACUGCAGAUCAAUGUUCUUCAGGCUAAGAAGAAGUUUGAGAUCCUUGAUGCAAUGCUGUCGUUCAUGCGUGCCCAGUACACCUUGUUUCAACAGGGCUAUAACAUAUUGGAUGAGAUUGAUCCCUACAUGAAGAAACUAGCUGCAGAGCUGGAUCAGCUAGUCAUAGACUCAGCCAUGGAGAAGAGAGACCUGGAACACAAACAUGCUACCAUACAACAGAGGACUCUGAUGGAGGACUUCUCCUACGAUGAUAAUAAGGUGGAGUUCAACGUGGACGCUCCUAACGGUGUGGUGAUGGAAGGUUACCUGUUCAAGAGGGCCUCCAACGCCUUCAAGACCUGGAACAGGCGGUGGUUCUCCAUACAGAACAGCCAGCUGGUCUACCAGAAGAGACUCAAAGAUGCCCUGACGGUUGUGGUGGAGGACCUGAGGCUGUGUUCAGUCAAACCCUGCGAGGAUGGAGAGAGGAGGUUCUGCUUCGAGGUGGUGUCCCCCACUAAGAGCUGUAUGCUUCAGGCAGAGUCAGAGAAGUUACGACAGGCCUGGAUCCAAGCUGUACAGGCCUCCAUCGCCUCCGCAUACAGAGACAUAUCAGACAACUACUACAUCGAGCGUCUGGACAGGACAGCCUCCCCCUCUACCAGCAGCAUAGACUCAGCCAGCGAGCCCCGGGGUGAGAAAGGGGGGAGAGGUGGUGAGGGCAGGGGGGAGAGCAUCCUCCACCGGGUGCAGAGCCUGCCGGGUAACGAGCUGUGUUGCGACUGCUCCCAGGCUGCACCCUGCUGGGCCUCCAUCAACCUGGGAGUCCUGCUCUGCAUCGAGUGCUCCGGCAUACAUAGGAGUCUGGGGGUUCACUGCUCCAAGGUGCGGUCACUAACACUGGACUCCUGGGAACCAGAGCUCCUCAAGUUGAUGUGUGAGCUGGGUAACAACGUGAUCAACCACAUCUAUGAGGGAGCCUGCGAAGAGCUGGGAGUGAAGAAACCUGGACCCUCCAGUCCCAGGCAAGAGAAGGAGGCGUGGAUCAAGGCUAAAUAUGUGGAGAGGCGUUUCCUGAAGAAGAUGAGAGCCAGUGACUCAUUGGUGGAAGGUGAGAGGAAGUCCCGCCCCUGGAGCGUGAAGAAGUGCCAGCGCCACAACGGCUCCAUGCGAGGAGCGCCCAAAACCCGCCGGAAAUACCGCCACGACCCCGGCUUGACUUCACCAGGAAACCUCUCCGCAGCUGCAGCAGCAGCUAAGCUUCGGCGUGACUCUCUGUUCUGUCCCGAUGAGAUGGACAACCUCUUCUCCUACUUCGACACCGGCAACGGCACCCGCAGCCCUGCAGGUCUGAGCAGCGACAGUGGGCUGGGAGGCAGUACAGACGGGAGCACAGACAUCCUGGUGUUUGGCUCAGUGGUCGACAGCGUCACCGAGGAGGUAGAGUGUGAGUCAGAAGAGGAGGAGUCUAGUGGGGAGGUGGAGAUAGAGCAGGAGGCAGGAUCAGACCCUGAGGAGCCCCUGCCCCUGCAGGAGCCCCUCCCCCCAGGGGAGUUGCUCUACCGGUCGUCACGGCUACACAACCUGCCACUCAUGGCCGAGGCGUUGGCGCAUGGGGCAGAUGUCCACUCCGCCAAGGAAGAGGAGGGAAAGACCCCGCUCAUACAGGCCGUGGCAGGGGGCUCUCUAAUUGCGUGUGAGUUCCUGCUGCAGAAUGGGGCUGAUGUGAACCAGAGAGACAUGAGGGGGAGAGGACCCCUCCACCACGCUACCUACCUGGGACACACUGGUCAGGUGUGUCUGUUCCUGAAGAGAGGGGCUUGUCAGACGGAGGUGGAUGAGGAAGGUCACGACCCUCUGAGCAUGGCUGUCCAGGCCGCUAACGCCGAUAUUGUUACGCUGUUGCGGUUAGCACGGAUGAACGAGGAGAUGCGCGAGGCGGAGGGUCCAUUCGGUCAGCCAGGUCAAUACCCCUGCAGCUCCCCCACUGAACAGCAGUACAGGAAAUGUAUUCAGGAGUUUAUCUGCCUCACCAUAGACUACUGCUAGGGGGCGACACUGAGGCAGACCAAAACAUAGUUGCAUCCCAAAUGGCACAUAGUGCUCUGUCCAAAGUAGUACACUACGUAGGGAAUUAUGGGCCCUGGUCAAAAGUAGUGCACUACUUAGGGAAUAGGGUGCCAUCUGGAAUACAGCUUAGCCACUAUCAACAGGGCAUAUCAUAUAGGGCAGAGUAGUAGGAUGAAGUUGCCCUUAGAAAAACUGGUCUGGAGUCAGUUUUGCGUUGCUACCGUAAGUGGUUAGGGUUAUGAUUUUGUAGAGGGUAAAGCUGAUUCUAGAUCUGUGUCUAAGAGCAACUUCUACUGGGAGUGUGUGUGUAUAGGGCAUUUCUGUGGAGAGAAGAUGAGCGAGAUGACUGUAAGUCGCUUUGGAUAAAAGCGUCUGCUAAAUGGCUUAUUAUUAUUAUUAUUAUUAUUAUUAUUAUUAUUAUAAGUGAAACUAGGCUCUACUGACUGUACUGCAGAUGAACGGCAUUUUGACUUAUAUUUCCAACAACGUUCCUCUCUUCUUUGCUAAUCUGGUGUCCACAUCCAGAUCUUUUAACCACAUAGCUACCGGCUUUCCACACCGUCCGCUGUCGUCCAUCCAUCCUAGAAAUGGAGUGAAACGCAGUGUAUCCGGCUGUUCCUAAUACUCUGCCUGUGGUUCUCACUGUCAGGCCCAUUACUCUCUGUACUGCUCAAUGUUCCUGCCUCUGGGACACUAUUAGAAGAAGAAGAAAAAAAGGUGCUAGUCCCGUGUAUCUCAGCUGGUAGAGCGUGGCGCUUGCAUACGCCAGG